AUGGCCGUUCAACUCAGCCCGAGUUCAGGCUCCCCUGCUGCUACAGAUCCUUCCAAGUGCGAAUCAUUGCCCGCAAGCCGGCAUCUUACGCCGAGUCUCAAGUCAGAGGUUGUGCAAGGCUUCACAGGGACUCAUGAUAAGCAGCUAGAGGAUGAUGCACUUGGAUUAGAGAAACGCAUCAAGCGUGUCCGCGUCAAGCCUGAAGAGACUACCGCAGAGCCACAGCUUUGGCUUGACGCUCCCAGUGCUAGAGACGCUGCUGCUUCUGAAUUUUUGGAAUUAUCACAUUGCAUCUAUCAGUCAAAGGAUAUGGGCGAAUCUGGCCAGGAAGAAAUCAUGAGUUGCGACUGCAAACCAGAGUUUGAUGGAGAUUACAAUGGCGCCUGUGGCUCAGAAUCCAACUGUAUCAACCGCAUCACGUCGAUUGAGUGUCUCGAUGAUGAGUGCAAUUGUGGUGAGGGUUGUCAAAAUCAGCGUUUCCAGCGCAGACAGUAUGCCGAUGUAGAUGUGAUUGAUGCAGGUCCGAAGGGAUAUGGUUUACGAGCCAUGCAAGAUUUGCUUCGUGGGUCAUUUGUCUACGAGUACGUCGGCGAGGUCAUUGGAGAACGCAAAUUUAGGCAGCGCCAAAAGGACUACAAGGAUCAGGACGAGAAGCACUUCUACUUUAUGAUGCUGCAAAAGGGAGAGUAUAUCGACGCGACGAAGAAAGGUGGGUAUGGUCGUUUUAUCAAUCACUCGUGCAGGCCAAACUGUUAUGUGGACAAAUGGGUCGUCGGUAGCAAGAUGCGGAUGGGCAUUUUUUGCAAAAGGGAUAUCAUCAUCGGCGAAGAGCUGACCUUUGACUACAACGUCGAUCGCUACGGUGGAGAAGCUACGCCUUGUUACUGUGGAGAACCAAAUUGCCUUGGGUACAUCGGUGGCAAAACUCAGACAGAAGCGGCAAACAAGUUGCCACAAAAUGUUGCGGAAGCUUUGGGAAUUGAUACAGAUGACGCGGAAGAUGCUCCACGACGAGCUCGCCGCAAGAAAGAGGAUGAUGACGAAGACUAUGUCAAUACUUUGACCCCGCGCAAUGUCGUGGAGUCUGACGUGCCAAAGAUCAUGGCGACUUUGGUCUUACCUACUGAACGCUGGUUGCUCAAGAAAUUGCUUGAGCGCAUUUUAUCGGCAGAAGACGACCGUAUACACUCCUCAAUCAUCAGAUUGCAUGGUUAUCAGACCCUUGGCUCCAAGCUCGAGAAGCACCAUGCUGAUUCAGAGAUUGCAACCCUCAUCCUUCGUGUUCUUCACACCUGGCCUCGCGUGACGCGAAACAAGAUUUCGAGUUCAAAGAUCGAGCAGCAUGUCAAGGGUAUCGCGACAUCGGAGAGCACUCUCGAGCCCGUACGGGAAUUGGCGACUGAUUUGCUACAAUUGUGGGGUGAGCUCAAGAUGGCAUAUCGUAUCCCACGGAGACUGGGUUCUUCCGCAGCUAAUUUGGCUCCACAAGACAUGCAGCUCGGAUCACCUUCCAGUUCAUCCCCCUCAGAACCCAGCCCAGGCCCUGCAGCUCCGCUGCGUUUGCAGAGAGCUCGUCAUACAGGCAUCAGACGGCAGGGUCCACCUAGACCCUCGACUGCUGAGGAUGCUCAGCGGACUCAGCCAUCUCGUCCUCCAACGGUGUCUGUCCCUGCUCAAGAUGAGAUUCAAGCCAUCAUUGAUGCUGCCAGAAAGCUGCAACAAGAGCAAGCAGACCUUGCCCUGGCAAAGGAAGCAGAUGAACAGUUGCGCCUAGAGACUGAAGCACGCCAGCGUGCUGAGAGGGCACGAAAGCAUCAACUUCGCAAGGCGCAAAAAGCACAGAAGGCUUCGGAAAGAGCUCGGGAUUUGAAUGAUGACCCGAAAGUCAGAAGCAAGCGAGAUAUUUCCCAAUUGAACAGCAAUGGGUCAACAGCGAGGGCCUUCGCAGAGGGCACAGCGAUGCAUCCAUCAAGAACUCAAGACCAGCUGAAUAAAGACCUAGAGAAAUCAUUUGCCCGAGUCGUGCCGAACUUUGUGUCGAAGUAUCAAGCGACGCUUGGCAAGGAUGAAGUCAAAAAGCGUGCACGAGAAAUUGUCAAGAUUCUUGUUGCCAAGGAGAUUGCUCGCCCUAAACCGAGUGUCGAUGCCUUCAGUGAGGAAAAGUUGGUAAAGAUCAAAACCUACUGCAAGGAAUUCAUGCGCAAGCUGAUCUCGCGCACCUCGAGCAAGUCAACGAGUGACGGUCUUCAGCGAGAUGCUUCGACGAAUGAAGAUGCGGAGUCCACACACAAACGUCAGGUUUCACAGGAUAACUCAGAGAGGCUCGGACAUGUCAAGAAGGGACGCCACGAAUAG